AGCAGACCAGCAGCGGCAUGGCUCGCACGCGCGCAGCGGCACUCGCGCUCUUGGCGCUGCUCGCCGCCGCAUCUGCCCGGACGGUGAACAUCUCCAACGCGUGGUUCCUGCCGCAGGAGGGCUACCCAGUCUUCUACCGCUACUUCCGGGACCGCAUCACCUGGUUCGAGGCGGACGCAGUCUGCCAGUUCCACCACGCUAACCUCGUCACAGUGGAGACGAGCGCUCAGUUCGACGCCACGCGAGCCUACCUGCGAGAACUGGAUGUCACCAACAACGUAUGGAUCGGCCUCAAGAGGAACGGACCCAACGAGCCUUUCCUCUGGCCGUGA